AUGUUCGACACCGUCUGCACAUUUCCCUUACCUUCCGAUCUCUUCUCGCAGGCGAUCCAUCCCAAGGAACCCAUUGUCUCCGUCGGCCUCUCCACCGGCCAUGUCAAGACCUUUCGGCUUCCCUUCACGGCGGUCAACAGCGACGAUGACGGAGCUUCCAGGAGCUCGUCGACGAAUGGCACCGGCCAUAUAGACACCAUGUGGUCGACGAGAAGACACAAGGGGAGUUGCAGGUGCUUAGGCUUUGGAAUUGACGGCCAGACUCUCUACUCUGCAGGGUCGGAUGGGAUUGUCAAAGCCGCAAAGGCCGAAACGGGGGUCGUGGAAAAUAAAAUUGCGAUUCCACCGGUGACGGACGGCUCGAGUUCAGAUAUUGAUGCGCCAGCGAUUAUCCAUGCUCUCUCGCCCCAGACUCUCAUCUUAGCGACAGAUUCCAGUGCCCUUUAUCUCUAUGACCUCCGUGUACCAUACUCCAAAGUCUCUGCACGGCCAGAGCAGACGCAUCAUCCGCACGACGACUACGUUUCUUCUCUCACCCCCUUACCUCCCUCCGAGACAAGCACCUCCGGUUUCAGCAAACAAUGGGUCACCACAGGCGGAACCACGCUUGCGGUCACGGACCUACGAAAGGGUGUCAUAGCUCGGAGUGAAGAUCAAGAGGAAGAACUGAUUAGUUCUGUGUACAUCGGAGGCCUACCCUCGAGCGGCACUAGUGUUGGAGAAAAGAUCAUCGUUGGUGGUGGUUCAGGCGUCCUGACUUUGUGGGAAAAGGGUGCCUGGGACGAUCAGGAUGAGAGGAUCUAUGUUGCCCGCGGGGAAGCUCUCGAGUCGUUGACAUUGGUGCCAGACGAGUUGGGCAAAGGCAAAAUGAUCGCCGUCGGUCAGGCUGACGGACGCAUCUCAUUUGUCCAAAUUGGCACGAACAAGGUCGUGUCUCGGGUCUCUCAUGAUGAGGUUGAAGGAGUUAUUAGCCUUGGCUUUGAUGUGGAGGGACGCAUGGUCAGUGGAGGUGGCCAGGUGGUGAAAGUAUGGCAUGAAGCUGAUGGGGACGUGAAUGGGGCGCCCGGGAAGCGGAUGAUGGACAGUGAUAGUGAUGAUAGCGACGACGAUAGCGACGAGGACGACAGUGACGAAGAGAAGGAGAGCAAAAAGCGACGCAAGAAGCGGAAGCGAUUCAAGGGGAAGGACCGAAGCGGGGGACAGCACGUUAUGGCAUUCAAGGAUCUCGAUUGA